AUGGAUAAAAAAAAAGAAGCCCAUCAAAAACCAGAAGAUAUACCAGAAGAAUUUCAUUUUUUUUAUUAUUUUAAUUUUAGUAACAAUGUCUUUUUUUUUUUUCAACUUUAUUCAAAUAAUAAUAAUAAAAACGUUUCUAUUGAAUUAAAUGAUAAUAAAAAAUGUAAUGAAGAAAAUUCAAUCACCAAAUUCAAUGAAAAAAAAAAUUCAAAAUCAUCAGAGGUUAAUAAUAUUGAAAGCUUGCUAAAUGAAAAAAGAGAAACAAAAAAACUAAUACAACAACUUCAACAAUCAAAACAAAAAAUAAACCAACAAAAACAAAAGCAACAAAAAUCAUACAAAAACUUGGCAAUUGAAGGAAAUGUGUUUAUAAAUGGAUAUGCUACUAACCAUGGUCACAAAGAAGAUAAUAUUUUAUAG